AUGGCCAACCUCCGCAUUGGCCUUGCCGAAAUGGAAAAUAAAGAGGCGCAGCUCGACGCCCAGAUCUCCCAGUUUCGUCAACAGCUCCGCCGGGUCCCACGCCAGGCCAUGUACGGUCAGGCCAGCCUGGACACCUCUCUGGCCGCUAUGGGCGAGAUCGAGGAACGCCUGGUCGAUGCCGAAGCUGUCCGGCGGCGCCUCCUCCAGAUCAAGGCCUCAGCUUCGCAGGAACUGGAGGCCCUGAUCGUGCUCAAGCAGGUGGAUGAGGCACGCACCAAGCUGGCCGGCCUGAAGCGGAGCGGCGCCACCGACGAUUCAACGCUGACGGAAAUCCGGCAGCUGGAGGAGUUCCUAGCCGUCCAGGGCAAGCGAGCCGAGCAGGCAAUCACGGCCGGGUACGAGAAAAGAAUCUAG